AUGCUAAAACGGCGUCAUGGAACCAAACCAGGUGCUUCUCUUCAGAUGUAUGGCAUUCGUAAUGGAAUGCCUGCGUCAUUCAAUGCACUUACGUCGGAGCUAAAGAGCGCACCGCAAGAGUAUCACAUAAACGAGCAUGGAAUCAUAACCACGAGCUUGGAAGAAUCUACAAGGUUGUUCAUCUAUAUUGAAUGCACUAGUACAACGGCUUGGCAACAGCCUCGCGGAAGGAUUGGAACGAGGCCAACCCAGGGUACUGCGCGUGCAACAUUGUGGCGCGAAAGCUCGCGUUCGGCGACGCAACAGCCGGCAUGGAGGCGGUGUCCACGACCGAAGUCGCGAUCGUGUGGAAUCCUUGGCGCUGCUUGUGCUUGGGGCUCUUGUCGCAGAUCACGUACACCUUGCCGCGGCGGCGCACGGUCUUGCACGAAUCGCACAUCUUCUUCACGGACGAGCGGACCUUCAUGA